UUCAUACAGGUGAGAAGCCUUAUUCUUGUAGCAUCUGUGGGAAAAUGUUUACUUUCUUAUCACCAUUCAAAAUCCAUGUUAAAAUUCAUGCAGGUGAGAAGCCAUAUUCUUGUAGCACUGUGGAAAAAAUUUAUUAUGAAAUCAGGAUUGGAAAGUCAUGUAAAAAUUCACACAGGGGAGAAGCCACAUUCUUGUAGCAUUUGUGGGAAAAAAUUCACGAUGAAAUCAGGAUUGGAAAGUCACAUGACGAUUCACACAGGUGAGAAGCCGUAUUCUUGUAGCACCUGUGGGAGAAGAUUCAGGAAAAAAUCCAUAUUAGAAGGUCAUGUAAGAAUUCACACAGGUGAGAAACCUUAUCCCUGUAGCUAUUGUGGGAAUGUUUUCAGUCGAAUGGUAAACUUGAAAACUCACAUGAGAAUACACACAGGUGAAAAGCCGUAUUCUUGUAGCGCUUGCGGAAAAAGAUUUAGUAGCUUUUCAGGAUUCAAAAAUCAUACACGAAUCCACACAGGUGAGAAACCAUAUUCUUGUAGCAGCUGUGGGAAAACAUUCACUCAGAGGUCAGGAUUGGAAACACAUAUGAGAAUUCACACAGGUGAAAAACCACAUUCUUGCGGAACUUGUGGGAAAAGAUUUAGUGAUUCAUCAGCAGUCAAAAAACACAUGCGAGUCCACACAGGUGAGAAACCACAUUCUUGUAGUGCUUGUGGAAAAAGAUUCAGUGAUAUGAUGAAAUUGAAAAGUCACAUGAAAAUUCACACAGGAGAGGAUCUGCAUUCCUGUACCGUCUGUGGGAAAGGAUUCAUUCAGGUGAAUCACUUGACAAGGCACAUGAGAACUCACACAGGUGAGAAGCCAUAUUGUUGUAGCACCUGUGGGAAAGGAUUUGGUGACUUAUCUGGAUUGAAAAGACACAUGAGAAUCCACACAGGUGAAAGGCCAUAUUCUUGUAGCACCUGUGGGAACACAUUUAGUGACUUAACAGCAUUCAAAACUCAUAUGAGACUUCACACGGGUGAAAAGCCAUAUUCCUGUAGUGUCUGUGGGAAAAGUUUCAUUCAGAUGAUACACUUGAAAAAUCAUAUGAGAAGACACACAGGUGAAAAGCCACAUUCUUGUAGCAUCUGUGGCAAAAGAUUCAGUCAUCUCACAAACAUGAAAACUCACAUGAAUAGUCAUACUGAUUGAAAGUUUUCAUACUUAUAAAACGUGAGAGAGUGGUCAGUGUAGCAGCGUGUUGAUGUUAGAGCCCACGCUGAUGACAAACCAAAUCACCGCCAACACCUGUGGAAAAAGAUUACCUCAUAUUCAGGUCUACGUGAUAUAUUUUAUUUCCAUAUCAGUAAUGAACUGUAACAAUCAUUUAUUCAAUUUAUUGUCUUGUGAUGUAGGGAAAAUUUUUUAUUUGAUUUUAUAUUUGACUGAAUGUAUAUUUUAUUGUUGUAGGCCAGUGGUUCCCAAAUUCAAGAGCACUGUGGCCCACUUAAAAACCGAUGGUCAUCCGAUAGCACCAACCUGUGAAAUUUCCUUGUUAGAAGCCUGUCUUCACUCUCAUCAAAAUACAAGAGAAAGUGAUGGAUUUCCUUGAAAAUUUGAUUAAAAAAACAUAAACAACACAGGCUGUCUAUAAAUUGUUAAUACU